AUGGAAUGCCGUUCUUCCAUCCAGACCCAGCAGGAGACGGAGACACAGCGGCAGGUGCAGAUCAGCACCCAGAACUACGAGCACGCCAAUUCCAAGAAGGAGUUGAUGGAGGACGCAAGCGGAGUGGCCGAGUCGCUGGAGGCGAAGACCAACCUCGAGAACUACUGCCACUACGUGCGCGAGAACCUGCUCAGUUUAAAGAACACGAGCGCGGCUGUCCUGAAUGAGUUCGGGCACCUUGGCAAGCACGUGAUGCGUAUCUCCGAAUGGCUGAAGGUCAAUUCGCGUGUUAGCCAGAACGAGUAUAUCAUUAUGCAGCCGGAGCUCACAGGCAUAGUAGACUGCGUCUACGCGAGGGUCUUCGGCCAUGUGUAG